AUGCCCACGCACUGCUGUGUUCCCGAGUGCACCAAGAAAGGUUGUCGCGAGGAGGAUGGCAGGAAAGUCUCGUUCUUCAAGUUUCCUGAUCAUGUCGGUCGCCGUAAACAGUGGCUUCACGCCAUCAGAAGAGAGGAAGGAAAACAUUUUCGGAUCACGAAGGCAACCAAGGUCUGUUCGAGACAUUUUAGGCCGGAAUGUGAUUUUGUAAAGACCCUCGCUGGCAGAACGGAGCUGCGAGAGAAUGCUGUUCCUUCGAAGUUUGCGUGGACUCGCAGCUCUCCCCGGAAACGUAAAGUGCCAGCAGUACGCGAAAGCAUCGAUGAAACAAGCCGAAAUCUUUUUGAAGAAACCGGAACGAAUGACGAGCCAGAAAACUCAGAAAACUGCGUAGAUGAAGGGGAAAAUCGCAUAGAAGAAAGGGAAACUGUGGAAAGCAUCCUGUCUGAAAACUUGAAAAUGGACGCGGAGACUCAAACCACAGAACCAAAGGAAGGCACUGAGACCUCGCUGAUACAACAAAUAGUGGACCUUGAAUCCAAUCUUGAAAGAGCUAAGCGACGUAUUGAAUCUUUGCAAAACCAAGUUUUCACUAUUGAAAGAUUUCAAAGCAGUGAUGCGUCAAUCCAUUUUUAUACUGGAUUUCCAAACUGGAAGGUAUUUAUGUCUGUUUUUAGAUACCUGAAUCCUGGUGAUAUGGGUGAAAACAUCACAUACUGGUUGUCUUCAAGGAAAAAUGUAUCUGCCAGCGUUUAUGAGGAGGUGGCAGCUAAUGGAAGCAAGAAAGGCAGAAGUAGGUCAUUGAGGCCUAUUGACGAAUAUUUCCUUGUGAUGUGUAGACUCAGACAAGGCUUUCCUGAGGAGCACUUAAGUCAUCUGUUUGACAUAUCCACUUCAACAGUUAGUCGGAUUUUUAUCAGCUGGAUAAAUUUCAUGUAUUUGAGGCUAGGCCAACUAAACAUUUGGCCAACAAGGCAAGUAAUUAAUGAGACAAUGCCUGAAGAUUUCAAGCAAAAAUAUAGUUCUACAAGAGUUAUUAUCGACUGUACAGAGGUGAGGUGUCAAAUGCCCAGUAGUUUGCAUUUAAAUGGGGAGCUGUUUAGCAAUUAUAAACACCACACAACCCUGAAGGGAUUAAUUGGCAUUUCUCCUGGCGGUGCAAUAACCUUCAUCAGCCAGCUGUAUACUGGCAGCAUCUCUGACAGAGAGAUUGUUGUCAGAAGUGGAUUGUUGGAUUUGCCAUUGCAAGAUGGAGACUCAGUCAUGGCAGACAAAGGAUUUACAAUCGAGGACUUGUUACCUUUAGGAGUUUCCUUGAACAUUCCUCCCUUUCUUGGCAGCUCAAAUCAAAUGCCAGCACAAGAUGUUGUUCGCACUCAGGAAAUUGCAAGCCUGCGAAUUCAUGUUGAGCGUGCCAUAAACAAUAUCAAGAAUUUUCACAUUUGGGAUGGAGUUGUGCCCCUCCAUCAGUUUGGGGUUGUCAAUCAACUGUGGGCAGUCUGUGCAAUCUUAUGUAAUGCUCAACCAAACAUUAUUUCUAUUUGA